UACUGGGAAAUCGUCUCUGAUUCAGAGACUUGAAUCGUUGAGAUAUAUAAACUAGAAUUACUAACGUUUAACGUUUCAUUAUUUAAUGCGGACUUCGAUCCAUUUUACUGUGCAGUUGACGAUAGCACGUACAUAAGAGACGACGAAACUGAGGAACUGAGAAUUAAGUGACGAAACAAAUUUCUGCUGCUAGAGUCUUCUACAGCAACGUGACGACAUGUCCAAUUCGCCAUCAAAGAUCGAGUCGAUGGAUACCGCUCCAGUAACGGAACAACCAUCAUCAUCGCCUGCUACAGAGUCCAAAUUAUCUGCUUCAGCAUCAAGUAAUUUGCGACUGAAGGACUUUUCUCUGAGUACGUCGUACUUGCUCCCACCAAUCUUGGAGUCCAACCUUGCAAGCGUCUUUCUCGCCCCUCCAGUCAACCGUCAAUCCCAGAAAGAACCAGAAGAGUGCAAGAAAACGUGGGCAAAACAUGCAAAACAAGAACAAAUCGAGAUGGACACCGAAUCAGGGUUCGAAAUCGUUCAUCCUGACAUCACAUCAGCUGCAGACGAUGACAUAAUUGUCACAGACUCUGACUUCCCUUCUCUACCUCCAUGUGCAUCAGCCCCACCACCAGUCUCCGCAUUUGUCUCUGCUGCCAUUAAACAAAGUCAAAGGUCUGUCACGGAAAAUAAUGCGCCUACAUUUUCCACGUCUGACGAUCACCGGCUAGAUUUUUAUUUCGGUGUGAUGGAUCAAACUUCAAAAGAUACGACGCUUUCCCUCUUGAAAAAAGCUUGGGCACAGGAUCCAACCGACACGCUCAAACUGCUCGCGAAUGUACGCGAUAUCCGCAAAGGGAAAGGCAUGCGCCCCCAAUAUCAGCAGUGUCUCUAUUGGAUAUAUGUCAACCAUCCAAAAACGUUGUACAACAACUUGGAGACGCUCCUCACAUUUGGAUACUGGAAAGACGUGCUCCAUCUUUUGAUGAUUGCCAUGUUCGACGGCUAUAUGCCCCCAUAUUUCGAACGAGAUGCACAUCCCCAACGAAGUGGAAAAGGUAGUAAAGGCAAGAAGACUGUGCCCACCAAAUACCAGGUGCGACGGAUCAAAAGGUACCGAACAAAGAACAAGAAUUUGCCUCGCAAAUUAUUGAGAGUAUCCGAGCAUGCCAUCAAAGUAGCGAGAGAGUCUCGAAUUGGAGAGGAUACUGAGAAACGGAUCUACAACCAAAAGGUUUUGCAAUAUUUCAAUGUCAAGAAAGAGUUGAUUGGGAUGAGCAACGCAGAAAUGGUGCAGUAUCGACUUCAGCAUGCCAGAGAUAAGCUGGAGAAUGACGUCAAGUACAGAGUAUUCCAUGUUAAGGUGGCUGAACUAUAUGCAGCCCAACUUAUCAAGGAUUUGGCUGAGCUGAAAAAGACUCGAGGAAAUGAAUCCGUCAAGAGCGGUGGCGGAGACGAGAAGAAAAGGAAAAAAACUGAAAAAGUUUUACUGGCAGGCAAAUGGGCACCCACGUUGGAAGGUCACUUUGACAAGUACACUCUCAUCGGAUCAACCAUUGCCUUAAAAAUCGCGAGCCUGAGCCUAAGUGACGUCCUCACGUCUCAUAAGUCAAUCCCCGUCAAGACCUAUCUCGCGCGGAAAGUGUACUCCAAGGAAUAUUGCGGUCCACUGCGUCGCCACCUUGAGAUCCCGGAACAACUCAUGUCCGAGAACAAGUGGGACCAAGUCAACUAUGCUCGCGUGCCUGCAAAAAGCAUGACUAAAAAUAAGACCUCCUUCAUUAAACACGAUAAAGAUCGAUUUGAAGCCUACUUGUCCUGCAAGAAGACAAAAGUGGCCGGAGCCAGUUUAAAACCAGUGGAAAUCAUUUGUCAAGCAAUGGAAAUGGGGGAUAGAACUGAGCCAGCCCAACGGCUCGUGUUGGAAAAGCAGUGGGACUCGCUGGUGGAAAGUAUGACCAAAAGCGGAGGUCUCUUAAAAGACGCCGUGUCAAUCUGUGACGUUUCCGGUUCCAUGUCCGGCGUUCCAAUGCAAGCAGCAAUCGGACUCACUCUCCUCACUAUGAAGAUGACUGCCCCUCCAUGGAACUCCAUUUGCAUUACAUUUUCCGAAAAUCCCACCUUGUUCAAUUUGGAUGAGAAGUUGCCCCUGCUGGACAAGUUGGAAAGCAUGCGUAGGAUGCCGUGGGGGAUGAGCACUGAUCUUCACAAAGUGUUUGAACUCAUCGUCUCCCUCGGUGUCGAAAAUAAGCUGAGCAAUGACCAAAUGCCUAACCUGCUCUUUAUUUUCACCGACAUGGAAUUCAAUCAAGCUUGUCCUGGAUCAAACCAGACAAAUUUCGAGGCAGCCAAAAGUUUGUUUCAAUCCAAAGGUUACACGAUGCCAACAAUUGCCUUUUGGAAUUUGAGAGAUUCCACAGUUCCUGGGGUAGGAAAGUCCACUCCCGUGCAGAAGAAUGAACUGGGUGCCGUGUUGCUCUCUGGCUUUGCGGCACAGACGCUCACCUAUGUGAUGAACGCCACAGAUUUGGAUUCCGUCUCACCCAUCCAAUUCAUGAUGGACGUCAUCAAUGACGAACGCUACAAGGAUUUGAGCGUUUUCGACUGAUUCAUUUACAACGUUGAAUUAUCAACGUUUUGUCAUUGUUAGUUGCCUUAAUGCGUACAUACCUUAUGCAUGUAUGCAAUACUAGAUCAUAUUUUUUGUAGUUUCUUACAAAUGAAAAUUUUUUAUUUGUUCAAGGAUUUCUUCAACAAAUAAUUUAAUGGAUAAUAAUUGUAGCUUUAAUAUUGUAUUAAGCUAAAUUUAUAUUGAAAAUAGUUAAUCCUGAUAGUCAUUUAUUUAUAUUUACAUAUAUGUGGAAAAUGACUCCACCAUAUUUUAUGCAGACAAAAUUGCUACAAAGGGUUCAGCAUUAGCAUUUGUGAUUUGGGUUAAUUAAUUGAUUGUAAUGUGAAUGGAGAAUGAAUAAUGUUUCAAUAAAAAAACACUGAAUAAGCA